GGCAGUCGGAGGUGGUUGGUGUUGGGUGGGAGGAGAUCGGCUCGCACACACGCGGAGGGUUGAGCAGCCGCUGCCGCCGCCGUCGUCGUGAGUGCCGAGUCGGGACUGGAACCGCGGCCGCGGCGACGCCGGGCAUUGUGUGGCUAGCUCCUGGUCGUGAUCCCUCGCCGUCUUCCCCGGCUUCGGCGCGACCUGCUCCUCCCCGGGCAGUCGCCCCCGCCUCCAUUUCCCGCCCUCUCUCCGCCACACACACGGCCCCCCCGAUCAUGGAUCCGGGCAGCGGCGGCGGCGGUGGCGGCGGCGGCGGGAGCAGCGGCGGCAGCAGCGACUCGGCGCCCGACUGCUGGGACCAGGCGGACAUGGAAGCCCCGGGGCCCGGGCCGUGCGGCGGCGGCGGCGGCUCCCUGGCGGCGGCGGCGGCGGCCGAGGCCCAGCGUGACCACCUCAGCGCGGCCUUCAGCCGGCAACUCAACGUCAACGCCAAACCCUUCGUGCCCAACGUCCACGCCGCCGAGUUCGUCCCGUCUUUCCUGCGGGGUCCGGCGCAGCCGCCGCCAGCCCCGGCCAGCAACCCCGGAGCCGGGGGCGUCGCGGGAGGCCCUUCGGGUAAAAAAAAAAAAAAAAAAUUUAAAAAGUGGGGGCCGGAGCACGCGCCAGUUGAGCCAUCAUGCUCAUCCCCCCUUUUUUUUUUUGACUGCUCAAAUUCAGCUAUUAGCAUGGAACUUUCAGAACCUGUUGUAGAAAAUGGAGAGACGGAGAUGUCCCCAGAAGAAUCAUGGGAACACAAAGAAGAAAUAAGUGAGGCCGAGCCGGGGGGUGGCUCCCUGGGAGAUGGAAGGCAAGCCGAGGACAGUGCCCAGGAAAUGAUGGAGGAAGAAGAAGAGCUCCCGAAGCCCAAGUCUGUGCUGGCACCUCCCGGUGCCCCCAAAAAGGAGCACGUGAAUGUGGUGUUCAUUGGGCAUGUGGAUGCUGGGAAGUCAACCAUUGGAGGACAAAUAAUGUAUUUGACUGGAAUGGUUGAUAAAAGGACGCUCGAGAAAUAUGAAAGAGAAGCUAAAGAAAAAAACAGAGAAACUUGGUACUUGUCUUGGGCCCUAGAUACAAAUCAGGAAGAACGAGACAAAGGUAAAACAGUAGAAGUGGGUCGUGCCUACUUUGAAACGGAGAAGAAGCAUUUCACAAUUCUAGAUGCGCCUGGCCACAAGAGCUUUGUCCCUAAUAUGAUUGGUGGCGCCUCUCAAGCUGAUUUGGCUGUGCUGGUCAUCUCCGCCAGGAAAGGAGAGUUUGAAACUGGAUUUGAAAAAGGAGGACAGACAAGAGAACAUGCAAUGUUGGCCAAGACGGCAGGUGUAAAACACUUAAUUGUGCUUAUUAAUAAGAUGGAUGACCCGACAGUAAAUUGGAGCAACGAGAGAUACGAAGAAUGUAAAGAAAAACUAGUGCCAUUUUUGAAAAAAGUUGGCUUCAAUCCCAAGAAGGACAUCCACUUCAUGCCCUGUUCAGGGCUGACGGGAGCAAACCUCAAAGAGCAGUCAGAUUUCUGUCCUUGGUACAUUGGAUUACCAUUUAUUCCAUAUCUGGAUAAUUUGCCAAACUUCAAUAGAUCAGUUGAUGGACCAAUCAGACUGCCAAUUGUGGAUAAGUACAAGGAUAUGGGCACUGUGGUCCUGGGAAAGCUGGAAUCGGGAUCCAUUUGUAAAGGCCAGCAACUUGUGAUGAUGCCUAACAAGCACAAUGUGGAAGUUCUUGGAAUACUUUCUGAUGAUGUAGAAACUGAUUCUGUAGCCCCAGGAGAAAACCUCAAAAUCAGACUGAAAGGAAUUGAAGAGGAAGAGAUUCUUCCAGGUUUCAUCCUUUGUGAUGCUAAUAACCUUUGUCAUUCUGGACGAACAUUUGAUGCCCAGAUAGUGAUUAUAGAGCACAAAUCCAUCAUCUGCCCAGGUUAUAAUGCGGUGUUGCAUAUUCAUACCUGCAUUGAGGAAGUUGAGAUAACGGCCUUAAUCUGCUUGGUAGACAAAAAGUCAGGAGAAAAAAGUAAGACUCGACCACGUUUUGUGAAACAAGAUCAAGUGUGCAUCGCUCGUUUGCGGACAGCGGGAACCAUCUGCCUUGAGACCUUUAAGGACUUCCCUCAGAUGGGUCGUUUCACCUUAAGAGAUGAGGGUAAGACCAUUGCAAUUGGAAAAGUGCUGAAACUGGUUCCAGAAAAAGACUAAGCGUUUUUCGAUGACCCUGCACAAUACUGUGAGAAAAACUGACUGCAAAAGCCUACUUCACACCGCCUUCUCUUGUUUUCUGCCCAUUGAUAAACCUCUCCCCAUAUUUUGCAGAGAGAAAAUUCACAGCAAAAGUCCACAUUAUGUCAGCUUUCUCAUAUUGAGAGCUCUGCUAUGCCACUGUUGAAUUUCCCCCAAGGUCCCUCUACCCCCUGACUUAGCUUCCUUGGACAGAUUUGGCGAUAGCUUUGUAAGUGAUGUGGACAUAAUUGCCUAUAAUAAUGAAAACCAACAGGAAUUUUUUUAUUUCUCAUUUCCCCAUAGGUUUAUUCAGUCCUUUUUCCCAGGCAGAUCAUUCUGAGUGUGCGUGUGUGUGUGCACAUGUUACAAAAACAAGUACCAUGUUAAUAAAAUCUUCAAUUUGAAAA